UCUAAGAAGAUAAAUUGUAGAAAUAGGCGGGGUGUAUGACUUUGUGGCUGUGGUAACUAGUGACGACCGAGUUGUCAUAAUCGGGAGUGGAUUCAGGGUGAUUCUCCUAUCGUGUCGUACAGAAUAGGAUAGGGGGGGACCAUGGCAUACUUGCGAGGCGCCCCAUCUAAUAUCCAACGCACAGAGAACAUGAAUCGUUCGCGAUUUUUGUACUGAGCCAAGAUACUCUAUUUGUAAAAAAGAAAACCAGGACAUCGGAUUAUUUCUACGCGCACGAUUUUGAUUGAAGCGGUCCAUGAUGGAGCACAUCCGAACGCCAAAGGUAAACCAACCCUAUAUUUCCACUUCCAUCCUAUUCUUUGAGUGUAGGCUACAUUAUGCUCUUCGUAUUGUCCUAUUCCUAAAUGAAAUCGCAUUUCAGUUGCGUCUUCUCAAGAUGUGACAACGUUUCUGAUUCGUGCCAUCCCCCUUCUUAUGUAUCCAAUGGCCCGUACAUGGCCCGUACAUUCAGGAUUCCUGAAAAUGUAACCAUUAUAUUCUCCGCAAUUUAUUUUCCUGGUUAAAGUGUUGCAAAAAGAAACACAAAAAACAUUGCUCACAUUAUGGCAUGCCUAUAAAUCUUGACAUUAGAAUUUGCACAAUCCGUUUCAUUCUUGUCCUGGCUUCUUGACGUUUAUUCUAGUCUGCCGGGGGCAUUUCUCCUAUGUGGUUUCUAGUAUAAAGGCAAUAGGCCUCAAUAAGGACACAUUGUUACAGACUCCUGCUGUAGGUUACUUCCAUUAAACAGUUAUAGUAUUCCAGAAUCUGACAUUCAUAUCUACAAUGACAACAUGUGUAAACAUUGAGUUCUAGAAUGACCUUGGUUUUUUGAGAUAUGCCUCCACCAAUACAGUCAGUCACACACUUCAGUACAUUAUAGCCUACAGAUAGGAUUACAUUCCGUUUUGACCCCAUUUAUACUUGUGUGUGUGUUUUUGUGUCUGUGGCCCUAUAGGUGGAGAAUGUCCGCCUGAUUGACCGUAUGGCACCCAGGAAAGCCACGUUGGGGACGCUGUACCUCUCCGCCACACACACCAUCUUCGUGGAGAACAACCCAGAGACACGCAGAGAGACUUGGGUAGGAACUAGGAAGUGAAACCAGUUGUUUCAACAGACCCCAUUCUGACACAACACUUAUCACAAGUCAUCUGGCCUGACACUGUUCUGACACAAUCCCACUAUCUGCCCUGUGUGGCUUCCUUCCUGCCUUCUCAGAAAGAUCCCAUUGAUUCGCUCUUGCACUUUGGAGACACUGGAAUCACCUCAAAUCAAUGGACCGCAUCCAAUACAUUUAUUAUUUAAUGGAUAUCUCCUUCAUACACAUGAUGUGAGAUUUGUCGAGGUAUUUAGGCCUACUGAAGUGAACAGGAGUGGAACCCUUUUCUCAGGGCCGGAUUCCCGAACGGGCACAGAGCCCCCCCCCCCCCCUUUUAUGGUUGGGGCCCCCCUGGAGGUCGGGGGCCCCCAGAUAGCAUAUGAUAGCAACAUUUGUAGAAUAACAGGACAUUUGCUUUAAAAUCUUCUAAAUUGUCUCUCAGCCUCAUGGAAAAAUGUGUAGAAUAGCAGGAAAUGAGCUUUAAAACUGAAAAACAAAUCCCCAGCCUCAUGGCAAAAUGUGAACAAAAGCAUGAUGAGCUAAAACUACACAUCUUCUUCCCAGCCACAUGCCAAAAAAGUGUCGAAUUGCAGGAAAUUUGCUUUAAAACUGCAACAUGUUCUCUUAGCCUCAUGACAGAAUGUGUAGAAUAGCAUUAUAAAACUGGACAUUUCUCGCUCUGCACUUUGGCAAAAUGUGUUGAAAUGCAGGAAGUUAGCUGAUUUCCCCCCCAAAAUAAAAAAUCUUACUAUAUACAGUGGGGAGAACAAGUAUUUGAUACACUGCCGAUCUUGCAGGUUUUCCUACUUACAAAGCAUGUAGAGGUCUGUAAUUUUUAUCAUAGGUACACUUCAACUGUAAGAGACGGAAUCUAAAACAAAAAUCCAGAAAAUCACAUUGUAUGAUUUUUAAGUAAUUAAUUUGCAUUUUAUUGCAUGACAUAAGUAUUUGAUACAUCAGAAAAGCAGAACUUAAUAUUUGGUACAGAAACCUUUGUUUGCAAUUACAGAGAUCAUACAUUUCCUGUAGAUCUUGACCAGGUUUGCACACACUGCAGCAGGGAUUUUGGCCCACUCCUCCAUACAGACCUUCUCCAGAUCCUUCAGGUUUCGGGGCUGUCGCUGGGCAAUACGGACUUUCAGCUCCCUCCAAAGAUUUUGUUAUUGGGUUCAGGUCUGGAGACUGGCUAGGCCACUCCAGGACCAUGAGAUGCUUCUUACGGAGCCACUCCUUAGUUGCCCUGGCUGUAUGUUUCGGGUCGUUGUCAUGCUGGAAGACCCAGCCUUGACCCAUCUUCAAUGCUCUUACUGAGGGAAGGAGGUUGUUGGCCAAGAUCUCGCGAUACAUGGCCCCAUCCAUCCUCCCCUCAAUACGGUGCAGUCGUCCUGUCCCCUUUGCAGAAAAGCAUCCCCAAAGAAUGAUGUUUCCACCUCCAUGCUUCACGGUUGGGAUGGUGUUCUUGGGGUUGUACUCAUCCUUCUUCUUCCUCCAAACACGGCAAGUGGAGUUUAGACCAAAAAGCUCUAUUUUUGUCUCAUCAGACCACAUGACCUUCUCCCAUUCCUCCUCUGGAUCAUCCAGAUGGUCAUUGGCAAACUUCAGACGGGCCUGGACAUGCGCUGGCUUGAGCAGGGGGACCUUGCAUGCGCUGCAGGAUUUUAAUCCAUGACGGCGUAGUGUGUUACUAAUGGUUUUCUUUGAGACUGUGGUCCCAGCUCUCUUCAGGUCAUUGACCAGGUCCUGCCGUGUAGUUCUCGGCUGAUCCCUCACCUUCCUCAUGAUCAUUGAUGCCCCACGAGGUGAGAUCAUGCAUGGAGCCCCAGACCGAGGGUGAUUGACCAUCAUCUUGAACUUCUUCCAUUUUCUAAUAAUUGCGCCAACAGUUGUUGCCUCGUAUUAUUUCGCUUGUUAUGUGCCUUCUCACCAAGCUGCUUGCCUAUUGUCCUGUAGCCCAUCCCAGCCUUGUGCAGGUCUACAAUUUUAUCCCUGAUGUCCUUACACAGCUCUCUGGUCUUGGCCAUUGUGGAGAGGUUGGAGUCUGUUUGAUUGAGUGUGUGGACAGGUGUCUUUUAUACAGGUAACGAGUUCAAACAGGUGCAGUUAAUAUAGGUAAUGAGUGGAGAACAGGAGGGCUUCUUAAAGAAAAACUAACAGGUCUGUGAGAGCCGGAAUUCUUACUGGUUGGUAGGUGAUCAAAUACUUAUGUCAUGUAAUAAAAUGCAAAUUAAUUACUUAAAAAUCAUACAAUGUGAUUUUCUGGAUUUUUGUUUUAGAUUCCGUCUCUCACAGUUGAAGUGUACCUAUGAUAAAAAUUACAGACCUCUACAUGCUUUGUAAGUAGGAAAACCUGCAAAAUCGGCAUAGUUGUUCUCCCCACUGUAUAUAUAUAUACUGCCAGUCAAAAGUUUGGACACACCUACUCAUUCAAGGGUUUUUCUUUAUUUUUUAUUAUUUUCUACAUUGUAGAAUAAUAGUGAAGACAUCAAAACUCUGACAUAACACAUGGAAUCAUGUAGUAACCAACAAAGUGUUAAACAAAUCAAAAUAUAUUUUAGAUUCUUCAAAGUAGCCACCCUUUGCGUUGAUGACAGCUUUGCAUUACUUUAAGACAUGAAGGUCAGUGCCCUGAGUCCCCAAAUGCGGAUCAAUAAUGGACAGCAGACAUUAUUACAUCAUUAUUAGUUAUUUAGUGUUAUGAUAAGCAAUGCAUUCAAUAACUGUCAAAUUCCAUUUUUACUAAACUAUAGUUAUUUAGUGAUUUGGUAAACUAGCCUACCCUUCCACUUCCAGAAUUCAAAUGUUUUCAACUUAGCAAUAGAUGUCACUGUGACAGCCGGCCCCCUUACCAUUGGCCCUAACCCUUCGAUGUUUGCAGAUCUGAAGGAUCUGGAUAGGUAUAAGCAGUGUAGUGGUAGAGCUUCCACCAUAUUGCCACCUUACAGAUCUGCAAACGUCGAAGGGUUAGUUGGGGCCAAGGGGAGGGGAGCGAAUUGGGACCGGCUGUGAGAGUUCUCGGUUGUCAUUGCCAGGUGCUCCACAGCAUGGUGGCCAGUGUGGAGCGGCCGCCCACCACCCCUUCAGGAAGCCACCUGGUCGUCCGCACUAAGAACUUCCAGGUGGUUCAGCUGCUCAUCCCCCAGGAGAGGGACGCCAUGGAUGUCCAGGCCUCACUCGCACGCCUCUCCCGCCCAGGUGAGAGAGACUAUCACCUCUUAGAACCCAUUCACCUGGAUCCUGUUCAGUUGGGAGAAAACCUUUUGAAUUGGAAUGGAACAAGGAGGUACUGCCAGCAGCAUACCACCUGGCAUCCCACUGCUGGCUUGCCUCUGAAGCUAAGCAGGGUUGGUCCUGAGUGGGAGACCAGGUGCUGCUGGAAGUGGUGUUGUAGACCCACUAGGAGGCACUCUUUCCUCUGGUAAAAUAAAUACAUAUAUAAAUAUCCCAGGGCAGUGAUUGGGGACAUUGCGUGGUGUAGUGGUUAAAUUAAUCUGAGUUGUGUUGUGGUUAAAUGAAUCAGAAUUGUGUUGUGGUUAAAUUAAUCUAAAUCGUUUAUUGUGUAGUAGUUAAAUGAAUCUGAAUCAUUUAUUGGGUAGUGGUUAAAUGAAUCUGCAUAAUUUAUUUGUAGUGUUUAAAUGAAUCUGAAUCAUGUAUUUUGUAGUACUUAAAUGAAUCUGAAUAAUUUAUUGUGUCGUGGUUAAAUUCAUCUGAAUCAUUUAUUGUGUAGUGGUUAAACGAAUCUGAAUCAUAGUAUGAUCCUUUGAUAGACUGCUGUAGUGUUUCUCUGUUGUCCAAAAGAGAUUUACGGCAAGCUCUACUCCUUGUCCUUCAAUACAAUCCCAACAUGAUUUUAUCUGAUUUAUCAAAUAUGAUCAUUUGUUUAACCCAGAGAAAUAUAGCGAGCUCUACUGCUUGUCCAUCAAUCCCAACGCCAACAAGGAGGAGCGGGAAGAGUCCUGGAGGUUCCUAGACCUGCAGGCGGACUACAGACGCAUGGGCGUGCCCAACAACCUCUGGGUCAGCACACCAGCCAACAGCGAGUACAGGGUUAGUAGUAUUACACUCCUCUUCUGAUUAUAAACACUAUAGUCCUAAUCAGAUAGUGAGGACAGGGUUAGCACAGUCCUCUUCUGAUUAUAAACACUAUAGUCCUAAUCAGAUAGUGAGGACAGGGUUAGUAGUAUUACCGUCCUCUUCUGAUUAUAAACACUAUAGUCCUAAUCAGAUAGUGAGUACAGGGUUAGUAGUAUUACCGUCCUCUUCUGAUUAUAAACACUAUAGUCCUAAUCAGAUAGUGAGUACAGGGUUAGUAGUAUUACCGUCCUCUUCUGAUUUUAAACACUAUAGUCCUAAUCAGAUAGUGAGGACAGGGUUAGUACAGUCCUCUUCUGAUUUUUAAACACUAUAGUCCUAAUCAGAUAGUGAGUACAGGGUUAGUAGUAUUACCGUCCUCUUCUGAUUUUAAACACUAUAGUCCUAAUCAGAUAGUGAGGACAGGGUUAGUACAGUCCUCUUCUGAUUUUAAACACUAUAGUCCUAAUCAGAUAGUUAGUACAGUCCUCUUCUGAUUUUAAACACUAUAGUCCUAAUCAGAUAGUGAGUACAGGGUUAGUACAGUCCUCUUCUGAUUUUAAACACUAUAGUCCUAAUCAGAUAGUGAGUACAGGGUUAGUACAGUCCUCUUCAGAUUUGUCUGGUUUUGAUAGAGUAUUGAGUUAGUUAUAGUCCUUAUCUGAUGUUGAGUACUGGGUUUGUUCAGUCUGGGUCUGAUGUUGACUACUGGGUUAGUAGCAGGGGUUGGAACUGCAAUUAUUUUCCAAUCGUUUUGUUCUGAACAGAAUCACACAUUUUUUUUGUUUCAUUCCACUGUUCCGACCAGCAAAAUAAAAGUUCUGAACAGGUUCGAAACCAAAAAAAGUACCAGUUUAUAUAGUUCCUUUUUUAACCUGUGAAAUCAACAGUUUUUUUUACAUUUAGCUCAUUCAAUUACUUCACCAAUCAGUGUGGAUAGAGCAGGCAAGCUAGUUGUUUACAUGCGUGAUGGACAGACAAGUAUAGCCUAUGGCGCAACAUGUGACUGACAUUUUGCGGGUGGGGAGAGAGCGAGAGAGGGUUGAGGAGGAGGCUUGAAGCGCUGUGCAUCUUGUUAUGACAUGCAUUAUCUGUAUUAGGUCCACAGAAUAGGAGGAUCAGCUUCUAUUGAUGAACGUUGAAUGUCCUUUGAGCUAGCUAGCUAACAAGCUUGUGUGUGCAGAGUGGCAACAGAAUUAAAAACACGUCUUACCUUUUUGUAGUUAAUAAAUCCAACGUGAAAUGUGAUAACUAGGCCUAUAGUAUCCUUAACUAGCAUUGAAUAAGUUCAUCCAUUCUUCUCUAGCUAAUUAAAAAUCUCUCUCCCGAUGUUCUGAAUCACGCUUGUAACGUCAGUACAGUAGCCUAUGCUUCGGAGGGGGGAGGGGCAGGGAGUCAAAGGCAACGUUUUUCAGUUUGCAGGCAGACACUGAAAUACAUUUCAGAGUGACAGAGUGAGGGCUUUGCAUAGGCAUUUUGUUGUGGGACUAGAAACAAAUGCCUGGAACAUAAAAUAACGUUAUUAACCGGUUCCCAUGCUUUUAAAGUAACAAUUCUGUUCCGGAACAGUUGGGUUCACUUUCGUUCCAGGUUCCGUUUCUGUUCCUUGACAUUUUUUUUUGCUCUUUUCCGGUUUUCUGUUCUGUGCCGUGAACCAGUUCCAACUGCUGGUUAGUAAGAUAGACCUCCUCUUCUAAAGACUCUUCCUCUCUCUGCCUGCAGGUGUGUGACACGUACCCAUCAGAGCUGUUUGUGCCAAAGUCGGCCACACCUCCCGUCAUCGUUGGGAGCUCUAAAUUCCGGAGCCGAGGGCGUUUACCCGUCCUGACGUACUUCCACCAGGAUACCCUAGUGAGUGGAUGAGGCAUACUAUCUGGGUCAAUGGUGUGGGUUGACUCUGGAGAACAGUUUUAUGUUAUUGUUUAAUUUAGGUGAUUCGUCAUGUUUAAUUCUUAUAUCUGAACCAGUCAUUGGUCUGAAUAUUGUGUUUUCCGUUUUAACAUUUCAAAUGACUUUCAUGACUGUUUAAAUGUGAGCUUUUGCUUGGCAUGCCAAGACACAGGUAGGAUACUUGCACUGUACGAGUAGUAUUAAACACCACCUCCUACUCUGAGUUGGAUGUCAUCACCGGUCACCUCAGCGUCUGACCUCUGCUCCCUGACCCCUUCUCUCCCAGGCUGCUAUCUGCCGCUGCAGUCAGCCCCUGUCCGGCUUCAGUGCUCGCUCCCAGGAGGAUGAACAAAUGCUGCAGGCCAUCAUGAAGUCCAACCCGGGCAGUGACUACAUCUACGUGGUGGACACAAGGCCAAAGGUCAGAGGUCACCAUAGAUAGACUCUGGGGUCAGGUAGUGUUGAUAUUUUUUUAUUUUUUUUUAUUUCACCUUUAUUUAACCAGGUAAGCCAGUUGAGAACAGGUUCUCAUUUACAACUGCGACCUGGCCAAGAUAAAGCAAAGUAGUGCAAUAAAAAACAACACAGAGUUACAUAUGGGGUAAAAAACAUAAAGUCAGAAAUACAACAGAAAAUAUAUAUACAGUGUGUGCAAAUGUAGCAUACUGUAAGGUCAAUGGGGGAGUGAUGGUAGAUGAAUGGCGUUUCCUUUUCCUUGAAGCCUCCUUGACUUGGGUGGACAUCUGAUCCAUCCACCGUCCAUGUGCUGGCUCUCAGACUGUAGUCUCUCUCCAGGCUUUGUCGAUUAAAGCUGAAUAUCAAUGGGCGGCAGGUAGCCUAGCGGUUCAAAAGCGUUGGGCCAGUAACCGAAAGGUCGCUGGUGCGAACCCCCGAGCCAACUAGGUGAAAAAUCUGUCGAUGUGCCCUUGAGCAAGACACUUAACCCUAAUGGCUCCUGGAAGUCGCUCUGGAUAAGAGCGCCUGCUAAAUGACUAAAAUGUAAUGAUGUCUUCAACAGUACGUAUUUGACUGUAUUGUGUUAUAAUGAUGAAUCAUCUCUCUCCAGUUGAAUGCGAUGGCCAACCGGGCGGCUGGGAAAGGCUAUGAGAAUGAGGACCACUACACCAACGUCAAGCUGCAGUUCAUCGGCAUCGAGAACAUCCAUGUGAUGAGGAACAGCCAGCAGAAGAUCAUUGACGGUAAUGAGUUCCUCUUUCCCCUUCUUUUCCAACCAUGGGGCGACGUUCUGCUAAACAUGUCUUGUAUGACAUUCACAUUCAGUAUUCCUACUCAGUUCAUGCUCAAAGUUGUCCAGAUUCAUGCAUUCCUUUGGGUUGGUUUGUGAAUGUCCCACAUGUACAGUACCAGUCAAAAAGUUGGACACACCUACUCAUUCAAGGGUUUUUCUUUAUUUUUUACAUUGUAGAAUAAUAGUGAAGACAUCAAAACUAUUAAAUAACACAUAUGGAAUCAUGUAGUAACCCAAAAAGUGUUAAACAAAUCAAAAUAUAUUUUACAUUUAGAUUCUUCAAAGUAGCCACCCUUUGCCUAAAUGACAGUGUUGCACACUCUUAGCAUUCUCUCAACCAGCUUCACCUGGAAUAUUUUUCCAACAGUCUUGAAGGAGUUCCCACAUAUGCUGAGCACUUGUUGGCUGCUUUUUCUUCAUUCUGCGGUCCAACUCAUCCCGAACCAUCUCAAUUGGGUUGAGGUCGGUUGAUUGUGGAGGCCAGGUCAUUUGAUGCAGCACUCCAUCGCUCUCCUUCUUGGUCAAAUAGCCCCUGCACAGCCUGGAGGUGUGUUGGGUCAUUGUCCUGUUGAAAAAGAAAUGAUAGUCCCACUAAGCGCAAACCAGAUGGGAUGGCGUAUCGCUGCAGAAUGCUGUGGUAGCCAUGCUGGUUAACUGUGCCUUGAAUUACAGCAAAGCACCCCCACACCAUCACACCUCCUCCUCCAUGCUUCACAGUGGGAACCACACAUGCGGAGAUCAUCCGUUCACCUACUCUGCGUCUCACAAAGACACGGCGGUUGGAACCAAAAAUCACAAAUUUGGACUCAUCAGACCAAAGGACAGAUUUCCACCGGUCUAAUGUCCAUUGCUCGUGUUUCUUGGCCCAAGCAAGUCUUUUCUUAUUAUUGCUGUCCUUUAGUAGUGGUUUCUUUUCAGCAAUUCGACCAUGAAGGCCUGAUUCAUACAGUCUCCUCUGAACAGUUGAUGUUGAGAUGUGUCUGUUACUUGAACUCUGUGAAGCAUUUAUUUGGGUUGCAAUUCCUGAGGCUGGUAACUCUAAUUAACGUAUCCUCUGCAGCAGAGGUAACUCUGGGUCUUCCUUUCCUGUGGUGGUCCUGUGGUGGUCCUCAUAGCGCUUGAUGGUUUUUGUGACUGCACUUGAAGAAACUUUCAAAGUUCUUGACAUUUUCCAGAUUGACUGACCUUCAUGUCUUAAAGUAAUGAUGGACUGUCGUUUCUCUUUGCUUAUUUGAGCUGUGCUUGCCAUAAUAUGGACUUGGUCUUUUACCAAAUAGGGCUAUCUUCUGGAUACCACUCCUACCUUGUCACAACACAACUGAUUGGCUCAAACGCAUUGACAAGGAAAGAAAUUCCACAAAUUAACUUUUAACAAGGCACACCUGUUAAUUGAAAUGCAUUCCAGGUGACUACCUCAUGAAGCUGGUUGAGAGAAUGCCAAGAGUGUGCAAAGCUGUCAUCAAGGCAAAGGGUGGCUACUUUGAAGAACCUUAAAUAUAAAAUAUAUUUUGAUUUGUUUAACACUUUUUUUGGUUACUACAUGAUUCCAUAUGUGUUAUUUCAUAGUUUUGAUGUCUUCACUAUUAUUAUACAAUGUAGAAAAUAGGACAAAUAAAGAAAAACCCUGGAAUGAGUAGGUGUGUCCAAACCUUUGACUGAUAUUGUAUGUGUGUGUGUUUUAAGAUGUGUGUAUGCAUGACUGACUGCCCUCUCUUCCUGUGUUGACCCUAUAGUGGGCGAGCUCAAGACGCCCUCCAUGGGCGACUUCCUGUGGGGGCUGGAGAGCUCUGGUUGGUUGAAGCACAUCAAAGCCGUGCUGGACACAGGCGUCUUCAUCGCCAAGGUGAUACACACGGGGCAGGGAGCGCGAGCACACACACACACACACACACACACACAUAUACAAUGGGUAUCAAUUACAUCCUAUGCUGUCUUUCAUACUGUGAUCUGUGUGUAGGCGGUGGCGGAGGAGGGUAUCAGUGUGGUGGUCCACUGUUCGGACGGUUGGGACAGGACAGCCCAAGCCUGUUCUGUAGCCAGUGUACUCCUGGACCCUUACUACAGGACUAUGAAGGGACUCAUGGUAAGGCUUUAUCUUCCGUUCAUCACACACUAUCUGCAGUCUACGUAAUGGCACAUACAGACCUGUCUGUCUUCUACUGUGAUCCAAUCCAGAUAAAUAGUUAGCAUACGUGGGGCCAGUUUUCCGGACCGUGGAGUCUCCAUGAAGUAUGCGUUUUAGUCCUGGACUAGACAUCAUCUGUAUCUAGAAAGAUAGAAUAUCUUCCUCCUGUCUCCUGUCUUGUAGCUGCUGAUCGAGAGGGACUGGGUGUCGUUCGGCCACAAGUUCUCACACAGGUCAGUAGUCCGUCCCACACGUUUGUCUUAGAACCCAAUUCCUAACUCUACUGUUUUGUAGAAUGAAGAUCCCUGCAGUGCCAUGCAUUUCACCUUCUCAAGUAGAGUCCUUCAUCAGAAAGAGAAGUGCAUUUGUCACAGAUAUCAUACGGCGUGUCCAACCUACGCACCGUGUCCGCCACGAGCGCUUUCAGAUCCUCUCACCAUGUGUCCGCCAUGUGUGCUGCACUCAGGUCAGAUCAUAACCCCUGUGAAAUUCAGCCACUUUAGCAGCGACUGUCUGUCUCAGAUUUCAGUUAGGAUUGGUGAAGAGUUAUUUCACGUCUUUGAGGUGUUCCACUCCAGUCUUUGCAUGCUCUCUUAUCAGUUGAAGCCAUUGGCUAGAUUAAAAAGAUAACUGACCUUGAUUCAGUUGCCUAGAGGCAUUACUGUUUAACCAGUGGGUCAUAAAAUUGCCAUGACAACUCCCCAGGAUUACCUAUUAGUUGUUUAAAUCUGUUUAAAGGGGCAAUCAGCAGUUGCUACAUCCAUUUUUGGACUUUGAUAUGUACCCAUUGAUUCUUUAAGAAUAUAACUUAUAAAUGCUUCUUAAACUUAGUUCAACUGUCGUACCCCAUCAUAAUUCAAAAUAUAAGCUUGUUUUACUUCAAUGUUUGUAAACAAAGAAAAUGUAAACAAACAUUAUAUAGCCUCAAAACAUGGUUCAAACUAUAAUUUUGAUAUCAUGGAUGGUCACUCCUUUGCAUACAUAGCCCUGUCUAUGAAUUUGAGAGGGGUUACAACCCUCAGCUUUUCACCAAACCAGGGGCAGGGAGUCCGUUUUGUUAUUGUUUCUACUGCUGAUUGCCCCUUUAAACUCCUUAUGAACGUGUUAUAAACUGCAGUCUUUCCGUCUCUGCAGGUACAACCAUCUGGAAGGUGAUCCUAAGGAGGUGUCCCCGGUGAUAGACCAGUUCCUGGAGUCUGUGUGGCAGCUGUCAGAGCAGUUCCCCUGUGCCUUUGAGUUCAACGAGCGCUUCCUGGUCCAGCUGCACAGACACGUCUACUCCUGCCAGUACGGCAACUUCCUGGGCAACAGCCAGAAGGAGAGGAGGGACAUGGGGUGAGACUGAGGGUGCCAAUGUGAUGGAGGUAGUUCAGUGAACCAUGCUUGUGUUACACGAGUAACCUUGCCUGAGGCGUGAAUACUUGUGUUAGCUCAGCGGGCUAACAACCUUGUGGUUCAUAAGGCCGCUACAAACCUAUUCCAUGCAGGUCUCUGCCUUUCCUAUAGCAAGCUCUUCUGUACUGUAACUCCCCUCUCAUGUAUCACAUCUGUUGUGGUUUUCUCCAUCGAUGGUCAGGCUCCGUGAGAGGACUCACUCCCUGUGGCCCCAGCUCUGGAAGGACAGAGCACAGUACGCCAACCCCCUGUACAGGGCCGACCACACCCAGACUCAGGGGAUGCUACGGCCCAACACCACCCCGUACUGCUUCAAGUGAGUUACUGCACCCUCUAAUAGUCCAAUAGUCAAAAAGAUAGAAGGACUGGGACACCGGAUGGUUUUGAUUUACUUUGUGUCUUUGGGUACAUCUGAGCCGAAGGGUUGUGGGUUAAAACCGUAAAAUCCAUCAGAUAUGGUAUGGUUUAUAUCCAGUGUUUGUUCAAUAGUUGUAGAACGGUUUAAAUCCAGAGUGUUUGUUCAAUAGGGCGGCAUGUAGCUUAGUGGUUAAGAGCAUUGUGCCAGUAGCCGAAAGGUUGCUGGUUCUAAUCCCUGAGCCGACUAGGUGAAAAAUCUGUCUGUGUCCUUGAGCCAGGCACUUAACCCUAAUUGCUCCUGUAAGUCGCUCUGGAUAAGAGCAUCUGCUAAAUGACAAAAAAAAAAAUGUUUUAGUACGGUUUAGAUCCAGAGUGUUUGUUCAAUAGUUGUAGUACGGUGUAUCUUGUCUCCAAGGAUGUGGAAGGGCAUGUAUAACCGUGUGGAGAAGAGCGCACCCCCGCGCCAGACGCCCGUCGACUUACUGACAGUCGUGAGGGAGGAGACUCAGCAGCUGGAGGAGGAGCUGACCAAUCACCAGGAGGUAGCACCGGGAGGGACGGCCCACCCGGGCACCAAACAAGGCAUACAGACACGCUCGCGUAACGCUCCCAAUGAACGCUGCUCUUUAAGGCGAAUUUACACGUUUAUCAAUGUAUUAUUAUAAUUAUUUAUUAUUAUAAUUAUCAUUAUGCAUUAUUAUUAACUCAUUUGUGCUGUUUUAACAAAUAUAUCGUUGGGUUUUACAGGGGAGGGGGCAAACACCAUCAAGUCAAAGAUAAGUUGAAGAGAAUGUGUCUCAAAGAGGGGCGUUCAACAGGAGGGUUUCCGUUACAUGUACAGUAGUCUGCUUGUAGUCUAUAGACAUAGUGAUUUAUUCCUAUUCUAUCCCAGACUUACUGGUAAAAUGUGUAUUAUUCUUCCAGAGGAUUGCAGCCCUGAUGAAGGGGGAUCAAACUAAGGGGAACACGGGUCAGAGGAAGACCAACAAAGUGUAUGAGGAAGAGUGCAGGCCAGGUGGUCCUCCCACUGGAGAUGGCCCCGUCAGCAGCCCCCCUCAGGACUAUUGUCCCUCCCGGAGGGGGCCCCCGGGCCCGGCUAUGACCCUGCCCCUGGGCCCCCCCAAGGGCCCUGACCCCGACGACCUCUCCUCGGCUUGCAGCGACAUGGAAUCGGGCGUGGCCGACCUCAGCAGCCGCUCCUCCAGUGGCGGCGACGACAGCAGGGACCCCGACGAGGCCGUCUACUGCGCGACCUGAGCGAAAAUGGCAAUCAAUGAUGGGUUGAAGAGGGGCUUGUCGGGGGGUUGCCUUGUUGACUAGGGCACUUUGCAUUGACAAUUGAAUAUCAGAGGUUUCUGUUUUGAUGGGGCCAAUUUGACUGGAUUUUACUUGGGAUUAUUUUGUUUUCUGUGUAGUUAGUAUCGGAGCACAAUGUGAGAGCCUUCCGGGUAUUGUGGUAACACUGGGUAGCCAUAGUGGAUGUAUGAAUACUAGUGCAAAAUGUGAACAAAAAUAUUCCAGGACCAAACGUUUACAGCAAAAAUAUUUUGUCUUAAGCUAUUAUGUUUUGAGUUACGAUGUACUGUACAUCAUUUUAAAUCAGGAACAAAUUGUUUUACAUUUGUUUGUACAGUAGUAGGACUACCCCUUGAUAACCAAACUAUCAGAAGCAUCCGAAAUCCAUUUGUCCAUUCUGUAGUCUGAACAAGCAUAUAGGCUACAAUGUUUCCCAGUAUACCAUGGUCGUAAUUCAGGAGGCAAAAAAACUGAACAAAACGGUCAGAAAUGCUGUUGCAAAACGUUUCACUACGUUCUGCACUAAUUAACACAACCCAGAUAACACGGUCAAACAUGGCACAUGUUUUUGGAACAUUAUCACCACCCAAUCUAGUUUUAUGUUUACUGUCUCGUUCCGAUAACCUGCCUUCUCACACAAAUGAAGAAACACUGCACUUCUCAACUAGCCUGGAUGAACAGAGAUGUCAGUGUUGCCAUGACUAGGCUUUUAUUUGGUCUUGAAAUAAAAUGAAAGUUGCUGCUUAUUAGUAAUGAAUCGAGAGAUAUACUCUUUCCUUUGGAAAGCCCAUUGAACGAUGGUAACUUUUUUGGAUGGUUAUUCCCAUUGAUGUGUAUAUUUAACUGUGUAUACGAGUGCAUUCACUAGCGCUGUAGUAUGUACACUUAGGAUACAUUAGAAACUUUGUUCCAAUCUCAACACCAGCGCACCACUUAGAAUGCAUGGCCAACACAUUGGUUCAAUCUGAAUGGUAUGUGGUUGUGGAUAUUGUAGCAUUAGUUAGCCUGAGUGCCAUUCUGUUUCUGCCCGCUUGCCAACUGCCUAUAGACGGGUUAGCUGACAACCGCACGAAAACGAGGCGCGCGCUUCAAAGGGGCAGAAAGCCGUGUGUUGUAUGGUUCUGGAUGGCCAGAUAGC